UGCAGUCGCACACUCGACAAGUAAAUAACAAAUUGCAUUAGCUGGGUUCAAAUAUGAAGUCGUCAUUUAGAUCUUUUUUUCCAAAAAUAUACACUAUUCUUUAAAGUUGACAACAACUUCUAACUGAAGGCCAGUCUGUUCCCCGCAACUAAGUGCAAUGUGUAGUGAGGAGAGGCUGAUGAUAGGAGAAAAUCGCAGUCAACAGGAUGAGUUGCAACGUAAAAAGGCGGACAAAAUCGAGAAGGCUGAAUGCAGGGCUGAAGGUGCUAUAGUUGAACGCACGCACUAUACGGAAGAAGGUAGAUGAACUUGCAGCACAGUUGCAGAGUGGCAGGGCUGGGUGUGUCUGCACCAGCCCCUGGCUCUCCUUCUCUGCCACCUGUCCCACACCCCUCCCACAGUGCCCCACCCUCGCCAUUCCCAAGAGCCUCAAGACAAGGGAUUCUGCAGAUGCUGGAAAUCUUGAGCAACACGCAAAAUGCUGGAGGAACUCAGCAGGUCGGGCAGCAUCUAUGGAGGGCCCUUCUCACUGCAAGCGGCCAAAGUGUUACACCUGCCCAUUCACCCCCUCCCUCCUCUCCACUCUGGUCGAAUGCGAUGCUCGUCCUCCAUCACUCUGCUGCUGCUCUGGCCAAAGAGAGAUCAUCAAGACCAAGCUUGGGGCCGGGAGGUUCGAGGUAGACUACAAAACAAAGGCGUUCACUGUACGUGUGACCUAAGACCUGGGCGCCACGGCAGGGUGACUCGAGGGAAUUCCAGAGUUCAGAGUCCAAUUCUGGAAGGAGAUUCGACGUUCUUCCCGUGCGACUGUGUGGGUUUCCUCCGGGUGCUCCAGUUUGCUCCCAAAGUUCAAAACCGUACCGGUUGCAGAUCCCAUCGCUCUGUGAUAGCAGCUGAAAUCCCCGUUCUGGUUGGAUGUGCUCUGGAGGCCGGUUCUGAGCCAAGGCGAGGUUCCUAAAACCAUGGGAGGCCUCGAAAUAAUUUAAAGCAGAAAGGACCUAUUUGAUUCGGCAGGGAAAUCAGUAACCAGGCAUUGUGUAUUUAAUUUUAAAUUAUAACAUAUUUAUAAUUU